GAGAGCAAGAUGAGAAAACUUUGGCUUUUAUUCACGUUCAUCGCGGUCUCUCUUGCAGAGCAACAAGAUCUUUCAGGGAAAAUGUUUGUCUUCCCACGAGAGUCCAACACAGCUUAUGUCAGACUGACCCCCAGUGUGACCAAGACCUUCACCUCUGUGACAGUGUGUCUGCGUUUCUUCUCUGAUUUGAACCGUAGUCAAACUCUCUUUUCUCUGGCCCUUCCAACACAACCCAAUGGCUUGUUACUUUGGAGGGAAAAGCAGGAUGUUUACCAAGUAUGGUACGGUUCGGAAUUCUUAUCCUUUUCAGUUUCUGCUGAUAGGCUGGAUGCUUGGAAUUCAGUGUGUGCUACCAGGAGCUCUGAUACUGGGCUACAUCAGUUUUGGAUAAAUGGAAGACAUACUGCAAAAAAAGGGCUCCGUGCCGGGACAUCUUUAGCCGGUAUUCCCAUCAUUAUUUUAGGUCAAGAUCAGGACUCAUACGGUGGAGGUUUUAAAGACACAGACUCAUUUGUUGGGAUGCUCACUGAUGUUCAAAUGUGGGACUAUGUUCUCCCUGACAGUGAGAUUCAGUUUUUUGACUCUGGCCUGCCAUUUUCGGGAGGCAAUGUACUUGACUGGGGCUCUUUGGAGUUCACCAAAUAUGGGUAUGUUGUUACUGAUAAUGUGACUAAUGUUUGA